AUGGAUAAAAUCACCAACCCAUGUACCAUCACACGCACAGACAUACACGGUAUAGUAGCAUAUAUAAAGUUGGGAAAUCAAGGUGUAUGGAAGAUGGGAGAAAGCCGAGUCUCCCAAUGUUCCAAGACAAGCCCUUCUAACAUUGAUGAGCAGGAGGAUUGUGAAAGCCAGGCCAAUGAUCAAAGCAAGCAAAACAACAAUGGAGGAAGCUCAAGUAACAGCACAGUGGAAGAGAGUGAGAAGAAGAUUAGACCUUAUGUUAGAUCCAAGUUGCCAAGGCUUCGGUGGACACCUGAUCUUCAUCUUCGCUUUGUUCAUGCAGUUCAACGACUUGGAGGACAAGAGAGUGAAUGCGGUGGAUUCGGGGAUGCUUCUUUUGGUGUCUACGAAAAACUUGUACACAGACCUUUCGAUUGGUCUAAUGGAGUUUCUCGGGCAGGUUCAUCCAUUUUUGGUGAACAAUCAACAAAUAAAACCCGUGAACCAAAAUAUGAGUUUCUCUCAUUUGGUACAUAUGAAUCUCUAAGCACAAGAUUUAGUCACGUUCAUCACACUCCAUCAAUCAAUAUUAUGCAACAAAAAGCACAAAACCUCAUGCCUAUCAAUCCAACAACAGAAUUGAAGACACUGAAAAGGAAGGCUCAAGACACAUCACUUGAUUUGGAUCUGUCACUGAAACUAAGCUCAAAGAUGGAUGCCGAAGGAACAAAAUUGGAGGACCAUGAAGUUCAUGGCAACCUAUCACUCUCAUUGUGCUCGCAAUCCUCCUCUUCCAAUCUUAGCAGCAGGUUGAAGGAAGCACAAGAUCGAUGUGAGGAACACGGGAAAAGGGCCAGUACUCUAGAUCUGACUAUAUGA